CAUUUGGAUGCGCUUGGGGGCUCUUUGGAAAGUAUAGCGGUGGCGAAAUCAGGAAUAAUUAAAAAUGGGCGCCCACUGGUUCUAGGAGGUCCGUUCAUUCCAUCGAUUGAGUACAUUCUUCGUAGUAAAGCAUCUUCUAUGUCUUCACCAGUGGUAUCAGCAUGUGAUCCCGGAAAUAGAAGCGCUUUGAGAGGCUUUUGCGAAGUGAGUGGCAUACCACGCCAAUUAUGUGAUAUAGUGCUUCACAUUGAGAAGGACUUUGAUCUGUCAAUUGAACUUUUAGGUGUGAAACUACGCAUGCUUGGAGCUCACCAACUUCAGAAUGCUGUAACCGCCACAUGUGCAGCAUUAUGCCUUAAUAAGCAAGGUAAAGACUCAAAAUUUCCUUUUGUUCUUACUUCAAAAUUAGUUCUUGCAAGUUAAUAAGUCUUCAGCUCUGAUGGAAAUUGAAAGUAUAUAACCCUGUUUUCUAGUCAUGGAGAAACAAUAAGGGAGUUACUUAAGUUCUCAGUUGAUUUAUACUGUGGCUUGGCUUGCUAAUGUCACUUUCUGAAACCUCUAUCACAUGAGUCUACUCACAAGGAAAAGUAGAUACAGCUUUCUUACCAGUUAAGUUGCAAUGUUUCUCUAACAAUACGGAUUAGAUGAUGCGUUAUGGGGAAUAUACAGCAUUGUAUUAUUCUUUUCGAUAGGUUUUCAACCUUGUAUUCUGUUAUGCGCUACAGAUCUGAUAUAGUCUUACUGGUUUCAGGACACGAAAACUGCAUAUUGUUGGGCUUACCGUUUGCUCCGUGAAAUAGAAUGCGUGUCUCAAAGCUUUUACCUUUUUAUAUUGUUGAUUGGAAGGAUUUAUCUGGCAAAUCUCGUGUGCUUUAUUUCAUUAAUGGCAGUUAGGUCAAGCUUUACCUUUCAUCCCACAAGGGGCCUUUAGCCACCAAUACAUGCUUGACCCCAUUAAUUUGGUAUUUCCUCUUUUCGGUUGGGGUUUACCUCUAAUUGGGAUGAUAUCACCUGAUCGACGCUAGUUCCAGUGUUAUCAAACGCGAAAAGUUCAAAAAAUCUAUGGUCCAUUGGGUCUUUUUGCAUAGAGAGCAAAUAAAGUGUGGGCUUUGACGAAAAAGUUGCAAAUGGAGAAAAAAAUACAAAUGUAUAUUUCUACUCCAAGACUAAUAAUUAUAAGCAUGAAUUACAAAUAUAUGGACGAAGAAAUUGAAAAAAGAAAAUUAUGAUGAAGCUGUGUUAUCAAAAGGGAAAAGUGCAAAAAAGCUCCAAGGUCCUUUGGCGAUUUAAACGCGAAUAAAGCAUGGGCUAAAAUGGAAAAAAGGUGCAAAUGGAGAAAAAAUACAAAUAUAUAUGUUUAGUCAAAGACUAAUAAUA